CUGGAUAAAGCUGGGGUCAGGAAAUGGACUCCACUGGAAUUCACACUGGCAGGUAAAGAGUCAGUGAAGCAAGUAGGCUAUAACUUUCUUUUUACAGAUAAGGAACAAUGAGGUAAUCAGAUUUUGCAAAGUCAUACAGAAAGAAAAGCUGUGAAAGAGAUCUUGAGAUAUGCAACUUCAUUAUUUCUGCAUCCUUGUGUUGGGAGUGACACUUGCAAGGUCACUGGACCCUGAACCAUGCAGAUGUGAAGAAAAAGUAAACACAUGUACAGUUGUCGCUGGGAGUAAUGGAUUGCCAGGCACUCCUGGGAGUCCUGGGCUACCAGGAAGAGAUGGCAAGGAUGGUAUUCAAGGUGAAAAAGGAGAACAAGGACCACGGGGGAUGCAGGGACCCCCUGGAAAAGCAGGACCUCCUGGUACUAAAGGAGAUACAGGAGAAAAGGGUCCAAAAGGUGAUAGUGGGGGCAAAGAACUGGAAGUUCUUAAGACUCAUAUUAGUGCCUUACAAGCAGAACUGAAGGCUUUGCAAGUAACUACAAGUAAAACCCAGAAAGCCAUUCUAGGCUAUAUUUUCCCAAACAGUACAAGAGUUGGAGGCAAAAUAUUUGCAACUAAUGGAGCUGAAGGUGACUAUGCAUCUUCAAAAGGAAUGUGUGAACAAUUUGGUGGCCAGAUUGCUUCUCCAAUGAAUGAAGAAGAGAAUAAUGCUGUCCUAAAACUUUCUACAAUGCAUGGAAAGCAUGCAUUUCUUGGCAUGAAUGACCAGGAGACUGAAGGCACUUUUAAGCAUCUAAAUGGUAACACAAUGGAAUAUUCAAACUGGGCAAAAGGAGAACCCAAUGGGGAACAUGAAGACUGCAUUGAAAUAUAUUUGAAUGCAAAGUGGAAUGAUAAUAGCUGCAAUAUAAAUCGGUUAAUAAUUUGUGAGUUUUAAUCUGACAUCUUUUUCUAAGUGUUUCUAAAUCUACUAUGGCAGGCUUCACAGAGCUACUAAAAAAAGGAACAAUAUUUGAAGGAUGUAUUUAACUGGGAAAGAUCCCCCCUAUACUGAGAUCCGGGAAACUGUAAAAUUUUCGAAUGUCAUCAUGAGUGUGCAAAAAUCAAAUAUUUGAAUAUGUUAUACUAAUUUAUGGAAUUUAAUAUCACAUUGCUAAUAUUAGCACUUGUAAAAUCAGCAUCUUCAAAGUUAGUAUCUUCAUUAGCACACUCAUGUACAUCAGUGUUGUACUUCGAAUGAUGUGCUAGAACAUGAAUGCUGUAAAUAUAGGUUGCCUAUGCUUAUGAAUGUUUAAUUAUCCAUUUUAAUAUGUUAAUAAUUAAAUACUCAUGUAUUUACUAGUUCA